AAUCGGCGUCGCCUCAGUUGGAGGCGGGACUCUCUCAUUACCAAAUCGUCGUCGAAAUCGCCUCAAGAGGAUAGGGUUUUCGACAGGGAGCGGCUAUUGGAAGAGACGCGAUCUCUCUGAUAAGUCAGCCAAUCGUCGUCGGCCCAGUUGGAGGCGGGACUCUCUUGUUACCCAAUCGCCGUUGGGGGAGGAUUAGAACGUCGACGGAAAUGAUUGACAGGUCCCCUCCUGCAUGGAAAUAAGCAGCGAGGCUGAGACAAGCGGACAAUCCGCAAACGGAGUAACAAAGUGGGCGGGACUUUUCAGGGAUCCAAACCAAUCGCCUCACGAUAUAUAUGAUUGACAGUCCUCCGGGUCUUUGUGUGAGCAAUGAGCAGCGAGGCUGAGGCACAAGGUGGGCUUUGUGCGGAUUUCACUUAAUUUUCUCUUAAUUUCACUUAAGGAGAUGAAUGCUUGACGUAUCAGAAACAAGGCUGAGGCGAGGAGCCAAUCGGGAAACCGGCUAAUAAAGUGGGCGGGGCUUUGUUAGAACCAAUCGCCCCGCGAGAAGAUUGGGGCAAAGUUGCGAAGUGGUCUUUCUCCUAGAAGUGUGUCUUUCGCGAUCUGCCGUCCCUUUCCCGGAAGUGGACUCCGUUCGGUGACUGGAGGCUCCGAAGCGGCGGGAUGGAGCCCUGGGUCCGGUUCAGCGCCCAGAGCCAGGCCAAGGAGCGCGUCCUCAGGGCUGCCCAGUAUGCCUGCACUUUGCUGGGAUACAGCCUCCGAAAGAACGGGGCCAGCCCUGGCUUCCUGGCCAGCGUCGCACAGCUUGAGGCCCACCUCAGCCUUGGCCGGAAACUCUUCCGUCUGGGGAACUCGGCCGAGGCGCUGGAGGCAGCCAAGAGGGCCAUCCACCUCUCGGACGUGGUCUUGCGCUUCUGCAUCACUGUCAGCCACCUCAACCGGGCCAUGUACUUCGCCUGCGACAACAUCCUCUGGGCCGGGCGGGCCGGCCUUGUCCCUCACAUGGACCAGGAGAAGUGGAGCCAGCGCUCCUUCCGGUACUACCUCUUUGCGCUGAUCCUGAACCUGAGCCGAGACGCCUACGAGGUCCGGCUGCUGAUGGAGCGUGAGACCAGCGGCAAGCCUUCCCAGAAGACAGGCUCUUCCAUGGCGGCCGGCGGAAACGGCAGCGACGUCCCUGUGGGGCGGUCCCCCGUCCUGCAGCGCCUGGCCCUGCGCUUGCAGCUGCAGCUGCGCCUCCUCUCCCGCGUCCUGCGCAACAACCCCCCGCUGCUGCUGGACCUGGCCAAGAACGCCUGCGACCUCUUCAUCCCGCUGGACAAGCUGGGCCUCUACAAGACCGGGCCGGGCUUCGUGGGCCUCUGCGGCCUGGCCUCCUCCAUCCUCUCCAUUCUGGCCAUCCUCCACCCCUGGCUCAAGCUCAAGCCCUGAGCGCGGACCAAACAGAGCGGACUCUUGGACCUCGUAGACGAGCUUCCGAUGCAGAUCAUAUUUGGGACGAUCUGUUCAUUGGAAUGAAGGGUGUCUUCAAGUUUGACCCCAAUGGCUCACAGUUGACCUUAAGUGACCCCUAGGUGUCAAUAUUUGGGAGGAUCUGUUCAUUGGAAUGAAUGAUGUCUUUGGGUUUGACCUCCAAGUGACCCCUAGGUAUCCAUAUUUGGGACGAUCCAUUCAUUGGAAUGAAUGAUGUCUUCAAGUUUGACCUCCAAGUGACCCCUAGGUGUCAAUAUUUGGGACGAUUCGUUCAUUGGAAUGAAUGAUGUCUUCAAGUUUGACCUCCAAGUGACCCCUAGGUAUCCAUAUUUGGGACAAUCCGUUCAUUGGAAUGAAUGAUGACUUUGGGUUUGACCUCCAAGUAACCUCUAGGUAUCAAUAUUUGGGAAGAUCCGUUCAUUGGAAUGAAUGAUGUCUUCAAGUUUGACCUCCAAGUGACCCCUAGGUGUCAAUAUUUGGGAUGAUCCAUUCAUUGGAAUGAAUGAUGUCUUUGGAUUUGACCUCCAAGUGACCCCUAGGUGUCAAUAUUUGGGAGGAUCCGUUCAUUGGAAUGAAUGAUGUCUUCAAGUUUGACCUCCAAGUGACCCCUAGGUGUCAAUAUUUGGGAGGAUCCGUUCAUUGGAAUGAAUGAUGUCUUCAAGUUUGACCUCCAAGUGACCCCUAGAUGUCAAUAUGUGGGACGAUCCGUUCAUUGGAAUGAAUGAUGUCUUCAGGUUUGACCUCCAAGCAACUCCUAGGUAUCAGUAUUUGGGACGAUCCAUUCAUUGGAAUGAAUGUCUUCAAGUUUGACCCCAAUGGCUCACGGAUGACCUUAAGUGACCCCUAGGUGUCAAUAUUUGGGACGAUCCAUUCAUUGGAAUGAAUGAUGUCUUUGGGUUUGACCUCCAAGUGACCCCUAGGCGUCAAUAUUUGGGACGGUCUGUUCAUUGGAAUGAAUGAUGUCUUUGGGUUUGACCUCCAAGUGACCCCUAGGUAUCAGUAUUUGGGAUGGGGACAAUCCAUUCAUUGGAAUGAAUGAUGUCUUCAAGUCCAAAUAGCUCAUGUAUGACCCCAAGUGACCCCUAGGUAUCCCUGUUUGGGCCAACCCUUCAUUGGAAUGAAUGAUGUCUUUGAGUUCAGCCCAAAUGGCUCACAUAUGAGCCCAAGUGACCUCUAGGUAUCCAUAUUUGGGACGAUCCAUUCAUUGGAAUGAAUGAUGUCUAUCUUCAGCCCAAAUGGCACACAGGUGACCCCAAGUGACCUCUAGAUUUGGACAUUUGGGGUUAUUAUUCAUUCAUGAGAAACACCGUUACUUAGAGCCCGGGCUCUUUUCCCCUUUGACUCAACCUCCUUUGUCCCUAUUCCUUGUCUCUCUCCUUUUUUGGUUCUAAUAAAAAAACCAACUGUUGGGUUC